AGGCUUGUUAGGCCCAUUAGUGAAAAGAAAAGAUGUUUGUUCCCUCUUGGCGGUGUUGUUAGGGUUUUGUAUUAAGUGCUUCGUCUCUGCACUACACAGUACACACUAAACUCUGCGUUUUGCGUCACGAUGGCUUCUUCUCGGCUUGAUUUCUUGUUCUGUAAUUUGUGUGGGACUUUGCUAACUGUCCCUUCCACUGAGUACGCUCAGUGCCCCUUGUGCAAAACUCGCCGAAACAUACAACAUAUUCGUGAUAGGGAAAUAAGUUACACAAUCUAUGCUGAGGAUAUCAGAAGAGAGCUUGGAAUGGAAGUAAUCGAGGAACAGAAGGUGCAAUUGUCUAAGGUCAACAAGAAAUGUGAAAAAUGUGGCCAUGAUGAGGCUAACUUUUAUACCAGACAGAUGAGAUCAGCGGAUGAAGGGCAAACUACUUUCUACACAUGCACCCGCUGUGGUCAUCAAUCUCAAGAGAACUAGUGGUUUUACUUUAAGGCUAUGUUUGGUUUGGAGAGGAAAGCUGACGGGAAAAAAAUUUAGGGAAAAGUGAGAUAGUUUUUUCAGGUUAUUUGAUGGGAGAGAAAAUGAAAGAAAGUAUUUUUUUCCCCUUUAUUGAAUUGAGUGUGAAAGGGAAAAAAAGAGAUGUAUCAUGUAUGUGAAAUGGCAAAUACUUUAAACCUAGGAAUGACAUGUAGUAAUUAAUCUUUUUGGUAAAAAAUAUAUUUUAGAAGAGUAUCUUUUUAUCCAA